AAAGAACUCCAUUCCACAAAUGAACAGCAUUGGCGAGGAUUGCAAUGAGCUGAAGAAGCAGUACGACGCCUGCUUCAACAGCUGGUUCUCGGAAGGAUUCCUAAAGGGUCAGACGGAUGACUCGGGCUGCGCGCCGAUUUUCCGUGUUUAUCAGGAGUGCGUCAAGCGCGCCAUGAGGGAGCAAAAGAUUGAGCUGCGGGAAGUCGGAUCUGAGUAUAACACGGGCUCGGAGUACGACAACGCGAACAAUUCCGGCGGCAAGACGCAGCCCAAGACCAAGAGUUGACCAAUUACUCAGCUCCAGCAUCCUGGUUACGACCUUGAGUCCACAGUUGGCCAGAGGCCGGGACACAAUGACCUCACCGGUAACCAGCGCCGGCACCAGAGUGAAGGAACGGCCUAGGUUAACCACGUAACAGAGGCAGCUUUGGUUUAGUUCCAUGACUCGUAUCCGUAAAGCUAUAUCUUAUGUAAAUUAUUUAGUGAAUGUUUUAUAAUUAAGUUCAAAUAGCGAACUAUAAAAAGUGUUAUAUUCAGACAAAA